AUGGCGGGCAUGACGACGUCUAACCACGUCCGCUUCGACUCGCAGGUCGCGGCCAUCACUCUUGGGGGUCUAUACGGCUGCACGGCGGUGGUUGCGGUAUCCCAGCGCGGGGCGUGGGUGAGCCACAUCUGGGAGAACCAAAUCUACACCCAAAAAGAGUUUAUGUUCCUGGUCAAUGAUAUGCUGCCUAAGGGAAUCACCCCCGGCGAGCCUGGAGCGGAGUGGAUGAAGUUCGGGAUGAACACGAUGGUGGAGAAUCCAGACCGCGCUCCUGAGGGUGUGAUGUUCGGUGAUGUCAAGGAGAAGGACGACAAUACGAAAGACGACGCAAAGUCGACCCAGGACAUUGGCACGCGCGCCUACAUCAUAGCUCCCCGCGUGCGAGCCGAGAGGUUCCGCAACGGCCAACUCGUCCCCGAGUCCGAAUUCUUGAACGACCUGAACCACAACGUGGGCCAGAUACGGUACCCGAGCCAGGUGGGCAAACUCAAACAGAUCGUACGAGAUAGCCUCGGCGACAUCCCCGUGGAGACCCUCGACUACUCGCCCCAAUCGCUGCCGAACCGCAUAGUUGAGAAGUACGAGACGCUCCGGAUGGAGAGGGUCCGGGCAGGAAAGCAGGAGACGCCGGAAGAGGCGAGUGCGAGACGGAAGGAGUGUCGUGGUUUCCAGGAAAAUGUCGCGAGGACUUCUGUCCGCGGGAAGCUGCUCAUCCAGUACCACCCGGCCAAGACUUGUAACGACAUGGCCAGCUGGAGGCUGUGGUGGGAGAACCGCGAGAUCGGCAACAAGUACGACAAUUGGGUUCCCGAGUCGAAUCAGAUCUUCCAGAGUAAGAAUGCGCCGAGGCAGGUGUGUUCCAUCCGAAAACCCACGUCUGGGGCGUCGACAGCUACCAAAGGGGCUUCUUCGCGGACGCAGAAGCCGACUGGAUCUCUCGCUGCGACUCGAAGUGCUGGUUCCAACUCAACGCGGCCGGGGAUGACGGGAACGGGUUCUCCGCCUCGAAUCACGACGACCAGUGGUUUGAAUGCAACAGUCACUCGCCGGCCCGGGUCUACGGGAUCAUCUCGGACAUCAGGGGCUCUUACCAGCACUACGAAAGUCGUCAACUCAAAAACAACUUCACUGAAUAACACCACGACUUUCGCCAACUCCAAAGCAGCUUCAUCGACUAACACAACGACCUUCAUCAACUCAAAGACAGCGUCACUGUCCAAUACCACGACUUUCAUCAACUCAAAGACAGCCUCGCAUUCCAAAGACGCGAGCCAGUCAUCUUCCCAACCGUCAACCACGAGUCCGAGAUCGACGUCAGCCACAAAAACCACACACACUUCCACCACGACCUCGCCUUCGACAUCACAGCCCAAGACGUCAACUUCUCGGGCCCCGGCAACCACAUCAACCAAGCCGAAAGAGGCCGAACCCUCGCAAGGCGUCGACAUCUACUACGAGCUCGCGAUACCGUCAGGACAAGGUCGACAAAGCCGGACCGGCAGAUGGGUGAUGAUGGCCCGGGGCAUUACAGCAUUAGACACCUGCACGGCGCCGCACAUAGGAGAAGCAGAUCCCGUCGACGACCUCAAGUCAAAGCCGUGGCCAGAAAGCAUAAGCUCCAUUAGAGACAUCCACGGCCGGAAGAACUGCAAGUACGCCAGCAAGGAUGGCGGUCCUGGCAAGUUCUCGUGUGAUGGCGUCUCCAGCUUUGACUGCGUCACGCACACGGGUUAUGAUGCCGGCGGGGGCUCGUCGACGAGCUUACGGUGUGGAGAAUUGGGGCCCAAUCAGAAGAGCUAUGAUCCGAGGGUGACCUGCUGGUUCCCUGUCAAGUAA